AUGGCUCUAUCACCAGAAGAGGUCGCGCACCUCAACCGACAAGCGAAGCGUCGAGCCGAACGAGCCGCGGCCGAAAUGUCGUUCCGGGAUGUCAGCUCCGAAGAGUAUCUCAAGAAACUGCGUGCAAAGCGGCGCCCGGGGAGGCGGUUCGAGGUGGAAGACAUACCCGCUGCGGUCGAGAUCGGCGAAGAACCACUGUCACCAUCACAACCCGAGUUCAGGCGUCCCACGGGUCCUGAACGGCAACGGACAUACAAUUCGCAACGAUACCAGGGCCACAGCAACGUGCGACGUCAACACCUGUAG